AUGGCCGACACAGCAGUGACCUUUGGUCGUACAGACGACUACAUCAUCAUUUCGAAGCCCAAAAAGGGUAUUGCCUACGUCGAGGCCCGCUUCAAGGACGGCAGAAUUCUUCUCUCCAGGCUCGAACAAGAAUGGAGUCCACCCAAGCUCAAGGACGACACCGUCAUCUCCCUCGAAGCAGACCUCUUGAAAGAGCCAGUUUGUCAGUCUUGCCCUAUUCUCAUGUCGAUGCAGCAUGUUCACUGUUUCCUAGUCCACAAAGGCGUCCCCAGCGACAUGUUCCACUCCCUCCGCGUGGUCGAGUUCCAGGGCCUUGAUCCGGCCACCCGCGUCGUCUCCAUCCGCGACGUUGCUAUCAAAGUCAACUUGUACGGCUGCACUCCGGAGUCCCCAUCUCUGUCCGACGAUGAGAUUGUGACCAUGCUGCCCAACUCCACGCUCGACGGCCUAUGGGAACUGUGA